AUGGCAGCGCCUUUUUCCAACCUGUACACGCACCGAAAGGUGGCCGAGGCUGCCGCCAAAGCGUGCGACGUCUGCUACAAGCCCAGCACAUCAGUGCUCAUCACGACAGACAAAAAGGAUUUCUUCUAUAUCUGCCCGGUGCACCUCAAGGACCGCAACUUUUGCAGUCCCAAGGUUGAUGAGGAUGCGGUCAAGGCGAAGCGGGAGAAGGAGUUGGCUGAGGAGAAGGAGAAGCUGAAGAAGGAGUAUGAAGAGAAGCAGCGCAAGAAGAAAGAAAAGGAGAAGGAGAAGGAGAAGGAAAAAGAAAAGGACAAGGACAAGGACAAGAAGGAUAAAGAAAAGGGCAAGGACAAGGACAAAGAAAAGGAGGAGGAUAAGAAGGAAGAUGAAGCGGAAAAGAGUGCUGGUGAAGACACACCCAAAGAGGAAGACGAGCCGCGAGUCUUUGAACUCAAGAGUGUCUUCUAUCAGCAACGGUUACAACGCAAGCGUCAAGCAGAAGCUGCCAAACGAGACCGCGAACGAGCAUCUCAGCCCAACUACUUUCCAUCUGUGCCGACGGGAGCACCUAAAAGAUAG